CCUGUGCCGCUUCGAGCCUGGGGAGUGUCUCCCAAGGGUCUCGGAUGUGGGAGGAGAGGCUGGGACUGAGGGGGAGGUUCUGGCUGAGGCGGGAGUGGCCGAAGGCUGCGGGUCUUGGGGGUGGGAUAGGCCGAGGCAAAGUCAUUUCUGGAGCCUGCAUAUCUUGCACGCAGUAGACCCUGAACAGAUAGAUGUUCCCAGUAGCUAGAGGCGCCCCUCCUGGCAACAGUGGCCGUCGCGGGUAACUGCUGCCCUCGUCUCAUCUCCUGCCGCUGUGCCCAAGCCAGGAACUGGGUCUCCACCCUCGUUUUAUGGAAAAGGAAAACAGGCACGCCACACUGAGCCUGGAGACCACCGUGCCAUCUAGCUUGUCAUCAUAACAGAAAUAAUAUCACCCUGGAAAUAAUCUGCACAAGCGGAGGAUGCGCCCCUUGCCGCCUUAGCUCUCGGUUUCCUUAUCUCUAGAAUGAGAACUGGAGCUGGCUGUUCAUGCAAAAGGCUGGAAGACAAGGGAAUGACCGCAGGGCUUCUCAACCCCAGAGCCUCCGAGCAAGUGACCUUUGAGGACGUGGUUGUGGACUUCACUCAGGAGGAGUGGAGGCAGCUGGAACCUGCCCAGAGGACUCUGUUCCGUGAUGUGAUGCUGGAGACCCUCAGGCUCCUGAUCUCUGUGGGAUAUUGGUUUCCGAAGCCAGAAGUCAUCUCCCUACUGGAACAGGAGGUAGAGCCAUGGGCACUGGACUCCAGAAUUCCCCAAGACUUGGAAACUCCACUUUCAGUUUCAAAGCUAGGCAUCUCUGAAGAAACAUGCAACACUGUCAUUGAGGUAAGAAGACUCCUGUGGGGUGGCCUGUGGUACUCUAGGGGUGAGGACACUGAGGGCCACUGGGAAUGGAGUCUCAAAAGUUCAGUGAACUGUGUGGUGCAAGCAGCCUUCACAUCUGUGAAGACUCCCACCCAGAAGGAAUGUCAGGGAAACAGGUUUGGGGAAAACCUGAAUAUGAGCUCUAAUCUCCCAGUUCAACCAAUGACUCCUGAAAGACAGGGUCCUCCCAUGUGGGGAACACGUGGAAAGAGGGAGAAACUGGACUCAAAGUUAAAUGCUCCACAGAAAACCUAUGCAAGAGAGAAAUCUUACAGAUGUCAGGAAUGUGGAAAGGACUUUAAUCAUAGCUCAGCACUCAUUGAACACCACCGAACGCACACAGGAGAGAGACCUUAUAAAUGUCAGGAAUGUGGAAAAGGCUUCCGAAACAGCUCUGCACUUACCAAACACCAGAGAAUCCACACUGGGGAAAAACCCUAUAAAUGCACUCAAUGUGGGAGGACCUUCAACCAAAUUGCUCCACUGAUCCAGCACCAGAGAACUCACACAGGUGAGAAGCCCUAUGAGUGCAGUGAGUGUGGGAAAUCCUUCAGUUUUAGGUCUUCUUUCAGCCAGCAUGAGAGGACUCACACGGGUGAGAAGCCCUAUGAGUGCAGUGAAUGUGGGAAGGCCUUCCGGCAGAGUAUUCACCUCACACAACACCUACGAAUCCACACUGGAGAGAAACCUUAUCAGUGUGGAGAGUGUGGCAAGGCUUUCAGCCACAGCUCAUCCUUGACCAAACACCAGCGAAUUCACACUGGAGAAAAGCCCUAUGAGUGCCAUGAGUGUGGGAAAGCCUUCACCCAGAUCACGCCACUGAUUCAGCAUCAGAGGACCCACACAGGAGAGAAGCCUUAUGAGUGCAGUGAGUGUGGGAAGGCCUUUAGCCAGAGCACACUCCUGACUGAGCACCGGAGGAUUCACACGGGUGAGAAGCCAUAUGGAUGCAAUGAGUGUGGCAAAACCUUCAGUCACAGCUCUUCACUAAGCCAGCAUGAGCGGACACACACAGGAGAAAAGCCCUAUGAGUGUAGUCAGUGUGGGAAGGCCUUCCGGCAGAGCACACACCUCACUCAGCACCAGAGAAUCCACACAGGGGAAAAACCCUAUGAAUGUAAUGACUGUGGCAAGGCCUUCAGCCAUAGCUCAUCCCUAACAAAACAUCAGCGGAUCCACACUGGGGAGAAACCCUAUGAAUGUAAUGAAUGUGGCAGAGCCUUCAGCCAGCUUGCUCCCCUUAUUCAGCAUCAGAGGAUCCACACAGGAGAGAAGCCCUAUGAGUGUAAUGAGUGUAGCAGAGCCUUCAGCCAGAGCUCCCUUCUCAUAGAACACCAGAGGAUUCACACCAAGGAAAAGCCCUAUGGGUGCAAUGAAUGCGGGAAAUCUUUUAGUCACAGCUCAUCACUCAGCCAGCAUGAAAGGACACACACUGGGGAAAAGCCCUAUGAAUGUCAGGAUUGUGGAAAAUCCUUCAGGCAGAGCACCCACCUCACUCAGCACCGGAGAAUCCACACAGGAGAGAAGCCGUAUGAGUGUGGGAACUGUGGGAAGGCCUUUACACACAGCUCCUCCCUUACCAAGCACCAGAGAACUCAUACUGGAUAAGUUCCACGUGUGCUGGGACAUGGGGAAGCCUUAAGUCUAGCUUACCUCUUAUAAGACUGGAACCAGUUAUACUCAUGAGAAACAACACAAAUAUAUUUAUACACAAUAACACACUCCUUAGACACCCUUAGAGAGUUCACACUGACAGAAAUUACUGUGGCUCUAGUAAGGUUCAGGUCAUCCACCACCAAAUCCAUACAGUGGAGAUAGUCACCAUUGAACACCUUCAGCCUCAAAUGCUCAUGGGUUCUUACAUCGUGAAACCUCCAAAAGAGAAAUGAAAGAAAUGUAAUGAAUCUAGGCAUAGCUUCUGUCCAUGGAGUCACAAUAUCCAAAACCAGAGAUGUUCAAAGUGGUGACAACUCAACAAAUGCCUUUCAUAUAAGAUAACCAAAUGAAGUCAUAAUUUGCCAUUAUUGCAUAUUACAUUUCUGGUGAGGGGUAGGAGCUGGGUGCCUAUAAGUGGUGUAAGUUGACUGUGAUGUUUCCAAAAACUGUGUUGCUGAGUAUUCCAGAAAUGGGAAGCAUCUUUAUAGAUUCAUCACGGAUACUUGACUGUCUCCACACCAAGAUUUCUGAUAAAUGUGUAAAUUUAUUGAUCAGGAUACAUGGCAGCCAGUCUCAGAUUUGAAUUCUAUGUGACAAAAUAUUGAUGUACUUAUAGACAGAUUUUAAAGUAUCUAUGUAUUAUUUUGCAUCCUUAUAUGCAAUGGGAUUGAAAAGCUUUGUAUGGGAAGACUCAAAAUAUGAAGUUUCUCUAAGUCCUAAGUUUCUCUAGGACUCACAGGUAUCAGGAUUGCAGAUACUGCUGUUUUAUAAGAAGAAUAAGAUGCUUCCUUUGUUAAGCUAUUGUCUGAGGAACAAUAAGCACCUUCAUGUUGGAACUUUAUGCUUUGCAAGAUUUCUCUCAUUUAGGAAAUGUGCGAUUUAAUCCACUCCUUAAUUAUUUUUUCAAUGACUCUUCAUCCUGGUGUUUAGUAAACUUUUGUUUUAAUAUGAUUUAAUUUGAAGACCUAAUAGUAUUUCACUGAGUCCCAAAUACACACAUAGCAACCUCUCUGACAACUAUAAUUAGAACCCAUAAUAAGAUUGUAUUGGGUGGUUUCAGCAUCAACCCAUUACAUCAGUCAGUCUGAUUUUCUUAAUCAUAAUAUUAAGAUAUAAGUUUCCAGUCAAUUUGAAAUUUCUAUUUUAGGGGAACCAUGAUGCAAAUACUCUUCCAAUACUGUUCCUCAGUAUGUUUGUGCAAUGCCUCCUUUUUAAAUUAAAUGUUAGUAUUAUUUAAAAGUCUCUUUAAAAGGGGGGGGGUAAAUAAUGUAUUGAAGCACUGUCCAAUUUAAAUAAUACAAACCAUAUUGGUAAUGUUAAAUAUCCCAGUAUUUAUGAGUGGUGCAAGUUGACUCUGAUAUUUAAAAAAAAACAGUAUGGCAGAGUGUUUCAGAAAUGAGAGCAGUAAAGUUUAACAUUGAAGUACACCAUUUAUAAAGCAAGAAGAGGGAUCAGCAGGUAGCAUGGUGGGAAAGGUACUGGACUCCCACAUGGCUGAC